AUGCAAGUCCUCCUGUUAGGCGGCCACGGCAAAGUAGCCCUGCAACUGACCCCGCUUCUCCUCGCCCGCUCCUGGAACGUCACCAGCGUCAUCCGCAACGCCGAGCACGAGAACGAGAUCCUCGCUCUAGGCAAAGGCACCAAAGGCAAACUGAACGUCCUGCUCUCCAGUCUCGACGAUGUGAAAAGCGACGCCGAUGCCAAGAACAUCCUCGACCGCGUUUCCCCAGACUAUGUCGUCUGGUCUGCAGGAGCCGGCGGCAAAGGCGGACCCGCACGCACGCACGCCAUCGACGAAGUAGCAGCGAAGCACUUCCUGAGCGCCUCAUUCUCCCACCCGAGCGUACGCAAAUUCCUCCUCGUCUCUUGGAUCGGCAGCCGACGCAAGCAACCCACCUGGCUAUCGGACGACGAAUGGGCGGGUCUCCAGAACGUCUUCUAUAACGUCCUCCCCGCAUACGCCAAGGCCAAGCUCGAAGCGGACGAGUACAUGACUGCGCUGGCGGCGGCGCGCAAGAAGCUUGUUGCUGCGGGGGCCGCGCAGCCCCUGCAGGCGAUUAAUCUGCGACCGGGAACGUUGACGGAUACGCCUGCGACGAGGAAGGUGGAUCUGGGGAAGACAAAGAAGGGCAGGGCGAAUGUGUCGAGGGAGGAUGUGGCCAUUGUGGCGGAUGCGCUGCUGGCGAGGGAUGAUGUUGAGGGGUGGUUGGAUUUGUUGGAGGGAGGGGAGGAUGUGGAGGUUGCUGUUGAGAGAGUUGCGAGAGAGGGGGUGGAUGCUGUUGAAGGCGAGGAUGUGGAGGGGAUGGUGAGGAGGUUUGGGUUGUAA